CUAAAUCUCACACACUUCCUCCUACUGCUGAGGCCUGGCUGGGUAUGGAUACACUACAAAAGGAGUUCAAGAGGCAGAUUGAAGGCGUUUGGAGCACCAUUGGUCUCAGUGAUGAGGAGCGGAACAAGAGGAUGUCGACUCUUGGAGAGUACUUCAGAGAGGUCUACGGCAAUGUUGUUAAGAAGGAGAAGGAGUGCCUUGAUGCUCUCGAGAGGAGUGUUGAAGAUAUGCGCAAGGAAAUAA